CGGCGGCCGAUCAAAGCCGUGAGGAGUAUCCGGGAGGGCGGUCGUGUUACGCUCGGUGCUUUCUUCGUCGCGCGAAUUCUCGGACUCGGAGUCGUAUAUACGUGUGCGCGCGCGGUCCGCAGCGGCAACCGGUCGAUGUGAAGGAGAAACGAAACGCAAAGGGCGAGACGACGCAGCGUAAGAUGACGGCGCGGCGUGUGAUUUGACAAGUGGAGGAAGAAGCGUUCGAUGGGAAAAGUGUCCCGUUGAAUACUGCGGUGGUUGAUAGACUAGUGGACCUUAAGGUAUCCGCCGCGCGCAUCCUGCGUGUGUGAACUACUCCGAUAUCGGAAUUCCGAGCCGUGGACCAAGGUUGGGAAUUAACGAGCGGAAGUAUAAGCGGAACGGGUACGGCGACGACGAGGACGACGGCGGCGGAGGUGGCGGCGGCGGCGGUGGAGCCGGCGGUGGCGAGGGCGGACAGGGUGUGAGACAACGAGAGGGUGAAUCGACAGAGCGACCGAAGAAUGACGGGCGAGGACGGGAAGCGCGGUGGCGGCGCCGGCGACGUUACCGCCGGAGCGAACAUGAACACGAACGUCACUGACAAUGCCAAUAAUGUUAACGCCAAUGUUAACGCCAACAUAAACGUCAGCCAGCAAAACGGCGGGCCGGAGAAGGCGCCCGUCGUCGGCGGCACCAACGUGGAGACGUUGCCACGCGCCACAAAACAGAGCGAUCCCAGUACUGCAUUUCUACGAGCGGCUCGCGCCGGACAACUCGAGAAGGUUUUGGAAUACUUGGAGUCCGGAGUAGAUAUCAACGCUUCUAACGCUAAUGGCUUAAACGCUUUACACCUGGCGGCUAAGGACGGCCACUUGGAAAUUGUGAGAGAACUCCUAAAUCGUGGCGCGAUCGUGGACGCCGCUAAAAAAGGGAACACGGCAUUGCACAUAGCGUCUCUUGCUGGACAAGAGGAGGUUGUACAAUUGCUAGUGCAGCGAGGUGCUUCUGUGAAUGCACAAUCGCAAAAUGGAUUCACGCCGCUGUAUAUGGCUGCCCAAGAAAAUCAUGACUCUGUGGUCAAAUAUCUCCUCAGCAAGGGUGCGAAUCAAACUUUGGCCACCGAGGAUGGUUUUACUCCAUUGGCAGUGGCUAUGCAACAGGGUCACGACAAGGUAGUGGCCGUUCUAUUAGAAAAUGACACUCGUGGUAAAGUUCGACUCCCUGCCCUACACAUCGCUGCUAAGAAAGACGACUGCAAGGCGGCUGCCCUACUUUUACAAAACGACCAUAAUCCUGAUGUAACAUCGAAAAGCGGUUUCACCCCACUUCACAUAGCCGCACAUUAUGGCAACGAUCGAAUUGCUUCCUUGCUUUACGACAGAGGCGCGGAUGUUAAUUUCGCGGCAAAGCACAAUAUCACACCGAUGCACGUGGCGGCGAAAUGGGGUAAAAUUAAGAUGGUUAAUCUUCUCAUGAGCAAGGGAGCAAACAUUGAAGCAAAAACGAGAGAUGGUUUGACUCCUCUGCAUUGCGCGGCCAGAUCUGGCCAUCAUGAAGUAGUUGACAUUCUCAUCGAGAAGGGGGCACCUAUUGGUUCAAAGACGAAGAAUGGUCUUGCCCCGUUACACAUGGCUUCUCAAGGAGAUCACGUCGACGCCGCGAGAAUUUUGUUAUACCACCGUGCACCCGUGGACGAAGUGACUGUAGAUUAUUUGACCGCGCUACAUGUGGCUGCGCAUUGUGGCCAUGUACGCGUAGCUAAACUGCUUCUCGAUAGAAACGCCGAUCCCAAUGCGCGAGCGCUCAACGGAUUUACUCCACUUCAUAUCGCAUGCAAAAAGAAUCGUAUAAAAGUCGUCGAACUCCUCCUGAAACAUAAAGCGAGCAUCGAAGCUACGACUGAGUCCGGAUUAACUCCGCUGCACGUAGCGAGUUUUAUGGGGUGUAUGAAUAUCGUGAUUUACCUAUUACAACACGAAGCUAGCCCCGAUAUACCGACAGUGAGAGGCGAAACGCCGUUACACUUAGCUGCCAGAGCGAACCAAACUGAUAUUAUUAGGAUACUCCUUAGAAACGGUGCCCAGGUCGACGCUAGAGCAAGAGAGGAACAGACACCGCUUCAUGUCGCUUCUCGUUUGGGCAACGUCGAUAUCGUGAUGUUAUUGAUGCAACAUGGUGCGAGCGUAGAUGCUACAACGAAGGAUUUGUAUACACCGCUUCAUAUCGCUGCUAAAGAGGGCCAGGAGGAGGUUGCAUCCGUUUUAUUAGAAAAUAAUGCCUCGCUUACCGCAACGACCAAGAAAGGAUUUACUCCCUUGCAUUUAGCGGCCAAGUAUGGCAAUAUGAACGUAGCUCGAUUGUUAUUACAAAAGAACGCACCCGUUGAUGCUCAAGGAAAGAAUGGAGUUACGCCUCUUCAUGUAGCAUCUCAUUAUGAUCAUCAAAACGUAGCUUUACUUUUACUUGAUAAAGGAGCUUCACCACAUGCCAUGGCUAAAAAUGGUCAUACGCCACUGCAUAUCGCCGCACGCAAAAAUCAGAUGGACAUUGCAACUACUUUAUUAGAAUACGGAGCGAAAGCUAAUGCAGAGUCAAAGGCUGGUUUCACACCAUUACAUUUGAGCGCACAAGAAGGCCAUACUGAUAUGUCAACCCUUCUUAUCGAGCAUAAAGCAGACACAAAUCACAAAGCGAAGAAUGGCCUUACACCUCUACAUUUAUGCGCACAAGAAGAUAAAGUAAACGUCGCCUCCAUUCUUGUGAAGAAUGGUGCUCAGAUUGAUGCUAAAACUAAGGCUGGAUAUACACCAUUACAUGUAGCAUCUCAUUUUGGUCAAGCAGCUAUGGUACGAUUUCUUCUGAGAUCUGGUGCUGCUGUUGAUAGCAGCACCAACGCUGGCUAUACUCCUCUUCAUCAAGCUGCGCAACAAGGACAUACGCUCGUUAUUAAUUUAUUAUUGGAAAGUAAAGCUAAACCGAAUGCUGUAACGAAUAAUGGCCAGACUGCUCUGGACAUCGCGCAAAAGCUUGGCUACAUAAGUGUCAUUGAAACGCUCAAAGUUGUCACAGAAACUAUCAUCACGACGACUCAUACUGUCACCAUUGAAGAGAAAUACAGAGUCCAAGCACCCGAAUCUAUGCAGGAGACAUUUAUGAGUGACAGCGAAGAUGAAGGCGGUGAAGAUCCAAUGCUCAGCGACCAACAGCAGUAUCGAUACAUGACUGUUGACGACAUGAAAUCCAUGGGGGAUGACUCGAUGCGCGUGAACGUGACAGACGACGAGAGAGAUAAUCGAAUUCCGGAGGUGAGUAAACAUUCAUCAGGUUCACGCAGAUUACACAAGAAAGAGGAGUGUAAGAUGAUAAUUAAUUCUGUAUUUUCUGCGGCACUUAACACGUCGAAUACCGGAUCGCCAACCAUAACAGAGAUGAUUACGAAAGAACAUUAUCAACGUACGAAUGCGGCCAAUCUUAAGCCAGACAAUGUAGAUAUCAAUAGGCAUCCUGUGCAUGUCGGCGAGUCCUUUGAAUCCCUAUGCACCUCGCUGGCAGCUCUCAAUACCGCACCGAAGGGACAAGGAAUGUGGAGGGACAGCUUCCUGGUUUCCUUCUUGGUGGACGCAAGAGGCGGUGCGAUGCGCGGAUGCAGGCAUAGCGGUGUCCGCGUGAUUGUCCCACCACGUAAGGCCGCGAUGCCCAUGCGUGUCACAUGUAGAUAUCUGAGGAGAGACAAACUGACCAAUCCACCACCCUUGAUGGAGGGAGAAGCCUUGGCCAGUCGCAUCCUCGAGUUGGGUCCUGUGGGUGCAAAAUUCCUAGGCCCCGUUAUUAUAGAGGUGCCACAUUUUGCAUCGCUACGCGGAAAGGAACGGGAAAUAGUGAUUUUACGAUCGGACAACGGGGAGACCUGGCGCGAGCACACCUUGGAAGCCAGCGAGGAGGCUGUCCAGGACGUGCUUAACGAGAGCUUUGAGGGAGAAGAGUUAAGCCAGCUGGAAGAUCUCCAGACGUCUCGUAUCGUGAGGAUACUCACCGUAGAUUUCCCGCAUUACUUCGCGGUGGUAUCUCGCAUCCGGCAAGAGGUCCAUGCGGUUGGUCCCGAAGGCGGCACCGUGUCGUCAUCUGCUGUACCACAAGUACAAGCUGUCUUCCCGCAAGCGGCCCUUACUAAGAAGAUCAGAGUUGGUCUGCAGGCACAUCCUAUACCGGCGGAUCUCGUAGCCAAGUUACUCGGAAACAGAGUCGCCGUAUCGCCGAUCGUUACUGUCGAGCCAAGGCGAAGAAAGUUCCACAAACCGAUAACUUUAACUAUUCCAGUACCACAGGCGGCCAACAAAGGCAUGAUCAACCAGUAUUCCGGAGAUGCGCCUACUUUGAGACUCCUGUGCAGCAUAACUGGAUUGAGUCAUUUAGGGGGUCAGACUCGGGCAGUCUGGGAGGACGUCACAGGCUCGACGCCGUUGACCUUUGUGAAAGAUUGCGUUUCCUUCACCACCACAGUUUCCGCCCGCUUCUGGUUAAUGGACUGCCGUAACAUCUCCGAAGCCACGAAAAUGGCCACGGAACUCUACACACAUGCAACACAUGUGCCGUUCAUGGCUAAAUUCGUAGUAUUUGCGAAACGAGUAGAUCCAUUGGAAGCGAGAUUACGUGUAUUCUGUAUGACCGACGAUAAAGAGGACAAAACUUUAGAGCACCAGGAACAUUUUACAGAAGUUGCUAAGAGUAGAGAUGUCGAGGUUCUUGAAGGAAAAACGCAAUACAUGGAAUUUUCGGGAAAUCUCGUUCCUGUUCUGAAAACGGGUGAACAAUUGCAACUACCGUUCAGAGCCUUCAAGGAAAAUAGGGUCCCAUUUACCGCGAGAAUAAAGGAUCCGGAUGCCGCGGAUAUGAUGGGCCGAAUCAUGUUUAUGAGCGAGCCUAAAGUUCCAAGGGGUGAACUGCCGCAAACGCCUAUCUGUACACUAAAUAUUUUGUUGCCGGAGAAGAUUUCUCCAGACACCGCGGUCUCCGAACUCGAUUUAUUGGAACUAUCAAAGAAUUACAGUUUCUUGCGUGAUGGUGGAAUAAGUAGACCAGAUGCUAUACACAGAGCGACUAUCCGUUUAACUGAUAUUGCUAAUUUAUUGGAUAAAGAUUGGGAAUCAUUAGCGGAAGAGUUGAAUAUUCCACCCAACGAUGUGACUCUAAUAAAACAAGAAUAUCCCGACCAACCUGCGCAACAGGCUGCUGCCAUGUUCAAAAUUUGGCAGAAUAGUGGAAGCAAAGCCACAGGAAACACAUUAGAGAAAGCUCUUAAUAAGAUCGGACGAGAAGAUAUAGUGAAUAAAUGUAUCUUUAAUGUCGAAUUAGUGACUGACGAUGUUGAAAAAGCUGUGGCAAGAGUUAGGCUAGAUCAACCAGGAUUUGACUCAUUGAAGGAGGAAUUGGGGCCGUCGAGAAACACGUCACUUCGUCGUGAUGCAACUAUGGAUCCUAAGAUGGAUCCUGAUUACGAAGAGCCUGAUAGAAUGAAGGACUCUGAAUCAGUCGAGGAUCUCACUGGCAACGCGCGUUAUAGAUUCACAGAGCACAUCACACUCACAAAUGGCACUGUAUUCAACGGAACCUCGACCCCCAUCAAAGACAAAUACGCGAGCGACGAGAAAGAGCUCGGCGACAUGAUGGCUGAUUACCUUGAGCACAAAUGCCACACGGUCGACACGAUGAGUAAAAAGUCGCGCGACGAACUGGAUGAUCCGGAGACAAAACGCCAGAAAGCGAUCGCCGACGCCAACAAGAUAGUCUCUGGUGUAAUAGCAGACGCAGAGAAAGAGAAGGGGAAGUUAGCGAAGGAAGGGUGGUCGGUGGUUUAUGAUGAUGAUGAUGCGCGGGACAGUAAAGAGGCGCGGGGUGCGGUAGGGCAGACUGUGAUUAAUGUUCAAUUAAGUCAAACGGCCGUCGAGCCGGAAGGUAUUGUUUCGGAACCGGAAAAAAUCCCUUGCAUCGAGCCGCCGAUGAUUAGGGAGUAUCGCGGCGCGAAGCCGGAUCCUAAAGUUAGCACUUCGAAGACAGUAGUUUCCGUUAGUGGCGAUCCGAAAGUAGGUCAGACGGUGGUCACUAAGACCACGGUAAUAAAACAGACGCCGACUGUGACCACGAAAGAAACAGUGAUUGUUUCCCCCGAAAAGAAGGACGUUGUUAGCGAAAAAGAGAAACUAUCUAAGGAGGGUAAGGAAGUUGACGAAAAGUUAGCUCAGGGCGCAAUUCCCGCGGAUGCGAGUGUCACGCAAAAGACGACAGUCGAAAGGGUAGUUCGAACUGAUCAGAAAAAGCCAGAAAUAAAAAUUCCUGCGGACAAGGAUAAAGACAAGGACAAGGAUAAGGAUAAAGAUAAAGAUAUGAAAACUACAAAAGCAUCGGCUUAUGAAGACGUUUACAGCGUACAACAUCCAGACAGCGCGGAAGAAAAAUCAGACGAAGAGGCGAAGAAAAUGAAGGAUAAGAGCGGUGGAAUAUUUUCGGGGAUUUUCAAAGGCUCCAAAUUGAAGAGAGCCAAGAAGGGCUCAAAAGACACGUCUUUCGACAGCGACGAGGAAUCGAAAGCUGUUUUAAUGAAAGUCUCAGAAGAGAAAGUCCCUGAACAUCCUGCUAGUGAAAUCACAGACUCGCAUUUCGAUAGCAAAUUACCGGAAAUUACAACUGCACCCGACGUAAGAUUAGCUACCGUGGAAUUCUUAGAGGAUUCUAGACGAGUCGCCGCAGGUAUGCAUGUACCCUAUGAGGGUCUGGAUAAACCUGUGGAAAAGGAAGAUAAGAAGGAAGUUGUUGAGAGCGACGAUGAUGGCAAAGACAAAUCGAGCUUUUUCUCGAGUUUGUUCAAAAGCAAAGUUAAGAAGGAAGAAGACGGAGCUUCCGUACCUGUUAUUCAUGUCGAGAAACCUAAAGAGAGCACGGAACAAAUUGCGAAGAAAGAGAAGAAGAGGCUGGCAGCAAUCGCGAAGGAAAAGGAAGAGUUAUUAGAAUUACAAAAGAAACUAAAUGAAAAAGAGAAGGAGACCGAAGUAUCCAAGACCGCCGAAGUGCCUACUGCAGAAGAAAAACAGGUUGAGAAACCUGUGAAGACUGACGUGGAAGAUGCCAAAAACAAAGAGAAGAUCGUUGCUCCAACGAGUGAGCAACCAUCCGGCAAAGACGAUGAAAAAGAGGAAGACCAAACGAAGGAGAAAGGCGGCUUUUUCGGCAUUUUCAAGAGUCCCAAAUCUAAGGAUAAGAAGUUCGGCAAAUCGAAGGAAACGUCCUUCGAUAGUGGCGACGAGGAAGUUAAAGCGGUGACAGAAAAGUUCUUAGAUGACACGCGAAAGGUUGCUGAUACAAGCGUAUUACCGGUCACGUAUAAAAGUGACAGUACAAAAGUCACUCCCAAAGAAGAGGUACGUACUUUUGUGUCGACUACUUAUUACGACGCCGAUAUUCCCGCGGACAAAAUCGGUAAGUCUUACGAUGUUGUUCAAACGACAAAAAUCGAGAAGACUAUUAUCCACGAAGAGACAAAUGGAAAAGCGGAUGUUGACAAGGAAAAGGAUCAGAAGGAGGAGAAAAAAGACGUGGAAAAAUCCGCUGCAGAGGUGAAAUCUGAUACGUCAGAACCGAAAGCACCUGAAUCGGAAGGCGAGGAUACCAAGGAAAGGAGUGGUGGCUUCUUCGGUAUGUUCAAGAGCCCUAAAUUGAAGAGUAAGAAGAGAAGCAGAUCCCGAGAGCAAAGUUCUUCGAAGGAAACCUCCUUCGAUAGCGGAGAUGAAGAGGUUCGAUUGGCAACAGCGAAACUUUUGGAGGAUACGAGACAGAUGACAGAGAAUCUGCAGCAUCCAGUUGAAGAAAAGGUAUCGGAAAGUAUUACGAAGACGCCACCUGUAGAUCAUGAAGAGAUCAAAAAAUCUGUCAUUCUCGAGGAUGAAAUUGUUGAAAAGGAUAAAGGAGGCAUUUUCGGUAUAUUCAGAAGUCCCAAACAAGCGAGAAGUUCCAGAUCCAGGAGCAGAUCCAAGGAGAAGACACCAUCGAUUGAGUUGCCAGACAGUGGCCAAGAGGAUUUACGAGAAGUAACUACAAAGUUUCUGGAAGAUUCACGGAACGUGGCAAAUAUUAUGGGUGAAUUGGAAGCAGAUAAAACCUCUGAAAUGAAAAAUAAGGAAGAUAAAUUGCAGUCAAAAAAAAUUGAACAACCCAUAGCGAUUGCGGCAGAAGGCACAGGUAAAGCCAUCAAGGAUGGUAAAGACGUAAUUAGCAAAAAAAUAGAGGAAAAAACACGUGAUGUUACUGAUAGCGCUGAGGCUGUGAAAGAGAAAACGACAAAGGAAACAAAGAAGACAAAAGAGAAAGGAUCAGGAUUCCUAUCAGGAAUAUUCAAAGGUGCGAAACAUGCCAUGGAAGAAGUAUCAGAUGAUGUCAAGGAAUUCUUGGAUGAUACAAAGAAAGAAGCUAUUUUGGAAGAAGCGCGAGCCAAAGAAGCGGCAACCGCUGGAUUGAAAGACUUGGAACAGAAGAAAGAUGAUUUAGUAGCGGAUACGAAAGACGUCGUUGAUAAAGCUGUAAUUGACAUUAAAGAUGCCAAAGACAAAACAGUGUCUGCCGUAAAAAACGAGAAGGAAAAAGUCACGGAAAAGAUUUCAAAAGACAUGGAAAAAGUGGCGGAUGACGCAAAAGAAGCUACCGACAAGGUUGUGACAGAUACAAAAAAAGUAAGCGAGAAAAUAGAAACAACUGCGAAAGAUGCUGUGCAAGCAGGCAAGGAAAUUAAAGAAGCAGUUACUACAGAGGUAAAGGAAGAUAUUAAAGCUGUGAAAGAAAAAGUAAUCUCUGAUGUUGAAUCAACUGCGGAUGUCGCAACAUCUGCCAAGGACAAGACUACUAAAGAAGCAAAAAAAGCUAAAGAAAAAGGAAUCGGGUUCUUCUCAGGCAUAUUCAAGGGUACAAAACAUGCAGUAGAAGAUGCAGCAGACGACGUUAAAGAAUUCAUGGACGAAACAAAAAAGGAAACUCAAUUAGAAGAAGAACGUGCCAAAGAAAAGACUGCUGCUGGUUUAAAAGAUUUAAAAGAAAAAAAAGAUAUAGUCAUUAGCGAAGUUAAAGAAGCAGCAGAUAAAGCUGUAGAUAAAGCAAAAGAUGCAAAAGAUAAAACAGUUUCUGCAGUAAAAGACAAGAAAGAUAAAAUUAUCGAGGAAGUUUCCAAAGAUGCCCAAAAAGUUAUCGAUACCACGAAAGCAGCUGGUGAAAAAAUAGCAGAAACGAAGAAGAUCGGAGAAAAGAUAGAAGACACCGCAACAGAUGUUGCAAAAGGAGUUAAGGACACUAAGGAUGCAGCGAUUAAAGAAGUAAAAGAAGAUACAAAAAAAGUCAAAGAACAAUUAGCAGGAGGUGCUGAUGCUGCUGCGGAAACUGUGGAUAGCGCAAAGGAUAAAGCGACGAAAGAAGCGAAGAAAAUUAAGGAAAAAACAAGUGGCUUCUUUUCCGGCAUAUUUAAAGGAACAAAACAUGCCGCAGAAGAAGUAGCCGACGACGUAAAAGAAUUUUUAGACGAGACGAAAAAGGAAGCUGAGGUAGAAGAAGAACGCGCCAGAAAAAAGAUCGCUACAGAAGUUAAAGAUUUGAAAGAUAAGAAGGAUGAAGUUGUACAAGAUAUUCGAGAAGCUAAGGAUCAAGUUGCAACAGACAUGAAAGAUGCAAAAGAUAAAACAAUUUCUACUAUUAAAGACAAAAAGGACAAAAUUGUAGAAGAAGUAUCAAAGGAUGCGCAGAAAGUUGCGGACACCACAAAAGCAACGGGUGAGAAAGUAACAGAAGAAACAAAAAAAAUUGGUAAAAAAAUAGAUGAAAUCGCAACAGGUGUUGCACAAGAUGUAAAAGAUACUAAAGAUACAACAGUUAAAGAAGUGAAGGAAGAUACAAAGAAAGUAAAAGAAAAAUUAGCCACAGGAGCAGUUGCUGCUGCAGAAGUUGUGAAUAAUACAAAGGAGAAAGCAACGAAAGAGGCGAAGAAAGCUAAAGAGAAAGCCAGUGGUUUCUUCUCUGGAAUCUUUAAAGGUGCGAAACACACUACUGAAGAUGUUUCCGAUGAUGUCAAGGAAUUUUUGGAUGAGACAAGAAGAGAAGCUUCUUUAGAAAAAGAACGUGCUAAGGAAGAAAUUGUCUUAGGUCUCAAAGAUUUAAAAGAUACAAAAGACGCAGCUGUAACCAAUGUUCAACAAGCCGCAGACAAAGCUGUAACUGACGUAAAAGAUAAAACCAUUUCUGCCGUAAAAGAUAAAAAGGAUAAAGUUGUCGAUAAAGUUUCAAAAGAUGCUCAGAAAGUCGCUGAUUCGGCGAAAGAAACUGGUGAGAAAGUAGUAGCUGAAGCAAAGAAGGCCGGUGAAAAGAUAGAAGAAACUGCGGCAGAUGUUGUACAAGACGUUAAGGACACUAAAGAUGCAGCGGUCAAAGAAGCAAAAGAAGAUACAAAAAUGGUGAAAGAAAAAUUGGCAGCAGGUGCUGAAGCCGCUGCGGAAGCUGCAGACAGUACAAAAGAUAAAGCAAUGAAAGAAGCAAAGAAAGCCAAGGAAAAGACAAGUGGUUUCUUUUCCGGUAUCUUUAAAGGCGCGAAACACGCCGUAGAAGAUGCGGCAGAUGAUGUUAAAGAAUUCAUGGAUGAAACGAAGAAAGAAGCUGCGUUGGAAGAAGAACGUGUCAAAGAGAAAGCCAUUGCAGGUUUGAAAGAUGUAAAAGAUAAAAAGGACACUGUCGUUAGCGAAGUUAAGGAAGUAGCAGACAAAGCCGUUGAUAAAGUGAAAGACACAAAGGAUAAAACAAUUUCUGAAGUAAAAGACAAGAAAGAUAAAAUUAUUGAGGAAGUUUCCAAAGAUGCCCAGAAAGUUGCUGAUACCACAAAAGCAGCUGCUGAUAAAGUAACAUCAGAAACAAAAGCGAUCGGUGAGAAGAUAGGGGAAACUGCAGCAGAUGUUACUCAAGCCGUCAAGGAUACUAAAGAUGCAACAGUUAAAGAAGUGAAAAAGGACACCAAAAAAGCAAAAGAAAAACUAGCAGCUGAUGUUGAUACUGCUGCAGAAAUCGCAGAGGGCGUGAAAGAUAAAGCGAAAAAAGCUAAAGAAAAAACUAGUGGUUUCCUUUCUGGCAUAUUCAAAGGCGUAAAACAUACCGUAGGAGAUGCCACUGAUGAUGUCAAAGAAUUUUUAGAUGAAACAAAAAGAGAAGCUUCAUUGGAAAAGGAACGUGUUAAAGAAGAAGUUGCCGCGGAUCUUAAAGAUUUGAAGGAUAAGGAAGAUGCUGUUAUUGGAGAUAUUCAAAAAACGAUAGAUAGUGCUACCACCGAUGUAAAAGAUGCAAAGGAUAAAACAGUUUCUGCAGUAAAAGACAAAAAGGAUAAAAUUAUUGAGGAAGUUUCUAAGGAUGCCCAGAAAGUUGCCGAUACCGCGAAAACGGCUGGUGAAAAAGUAGCAACAGAAACAAAAGAGAUCGGGGAAAAGAUAGAAGACACCGCAACAGACGUUGCAAAAGGAAUAAAACACACUAAGGAUGCAGCGAUUAAAGAAGUAAAAGAAGAUACAAAAAAGGUCAAGGAACAAUUAGCAGCAGGUGCUGAUGCUGCUGCAGAAACUGUGGAUAGUACAAAGGAUAAAGCGACGAAAGAAGCGAAGAAAGCUAAGGAAAAAGCUGGUAGUUUCUUUUCUGGGAUAUUUAAAGGUGCGAAACACGCCGUAGAAGAUGCAGCUGACGACGUAAAAGAAUUUUUAGAUGAGACGAAAAAGGAAGCUGCUUUAAAAGAAGACCGUGCCAAAGAGAAAAUUGCUGCGGGACUUAAGGAUAUGAAAAGUAAGAAGGAUGCUGUCUCAGUCGAAGUUCAAGAAGUAGCAGAAAGAACUGUCGCUGAUGCGAAAGAUGCAAAAGAUAAAACAGUUGCUGCUGUUAAAGACAAGAAAGGUGAAGCUAUAGAAAAAAUUUCCAAAGACAAGCAAAAAGUUGGAGCAGAGGCAAAGAAGAUUGGUGAGAAAGUAGGAGAUGCUGCGUCAGAUGUUGCGCAGGAUAUAAAAGAUGCUAAGGACGCAACAGUUAAGGAAGUGAAAGAGGAUAUAAAAUUGGUAAAAGAUAAAUUAGCAGCUGGCGCUGACUCUGCUGCGCAGUCUGUGGACAGUGCAAAGGAUAAAGCAGUAAAGGAGACAAAGAAAACGAAAGAAAAGGCUAGUGGUUUUCUUUCUGGUAUAUUCAAGGGUGCGAAACAUGCUGUGGACGAUGUAUCUGAAGACGUAAAAGAACAUAUAAGUGAGACGAAAAAGGAAACCAUUGAAGAAUUGGAAGCCUUAAAACAGAAAAAAGAUGAUGUAAUUCAAGGUACAAAGGAUGCCGCAGAUAAAACUAUCGAGAAUGCAAAAGAUGCCAAGGAUAAAUUAGUUUCUACCGCGAAAGAUGCGAAAGACAAGUUUGUAGAUACGGCUGUCAAAGAUGCAGAAAAAGUGACACAUGAUUUGAAAGCAGCUGGUGAUGGCAUAGUCGCGAAGACCAAGGAAAUUACUGAAAGAGUAGAAACCUCCGUAGCGGAUGUUGAGCGUGAUGCGAAGGACAUUAAAGAUGCUCUUGUUUCGGAAGCAAAAGAAGAUGCUAAGGUUGUAAAAGAAAAAAUGGCGGCCAAAGCUGAAUCUGUUUCGGAGUCAGCAGAGGUUGCUAAGAAUAAGGCCACUAAAGGCAAAAAAGUUAAAGACAAGACUGGUGGCUUCUUCUCGGGAAUAUUUAGAGGAUCGAAACAUUCCGUGGACAGCACAGCCGAUGAUAUAAAAGAUUUUUUGGAGGAAACGAGAAAGGAUUCAGCAUUAGAGCAGGCUCGCGCCAAGGAGGCAGCGGAAGCUCAACUGAAAGAUUUGAAGCACAAAACAGACGACAUCGUUGCCGAAGUAAAAGAAGUGAAAGACGAUGUGGCUGAGAAAAUAACCGACCAAGUCGAGAAAAUUGCUGACGUCACUAAAGCGACAAGCGAUAAAGUAAUUACGGAUACGAAGAAAAUUGCCGACGAUAUCGCGGAAGGUAUUACUGAUACUAAGGAUAGUGUAACAAAGGAAAUUAAAGAAGAUGUACAAAUAACGAAAGAGAAGAUAAAAACAGAAGUUGACGCCGCGGUAGAAAGUGCUGUAACUACAAAAGAUAAAAUAACUAAGGAAGGAAAAAAAGCUAAGGAAAAAGGCAGCGGCUUUCUUUCGGGAAUAUUUAAAAGUACAAAGCACGCUGCAGAAGAAGUAUCUGAUGAUGUGCACUACUUUGCAGAUGAAACAAAGAAGGAAGCUGCUAUAGAACAAGAGCGAGCUAAAGAAAAAGUCGUCGGUCUUCAUGAUUUGAAAGAUAAAAAAGAUACUGUUGUGACUGACAUGAAAGACGCUGCUGAUAAAACCUUAACUGAGGCAAAAGAGAUUACAGAUAAAGCUGUAUCUGAUGUAAAAGAUAAAAAAGAUAAAAUUAUAAAAGAAGUUUCCAAAGAUGCACAAAAAGUUGUCGAUACUACAAAAGCAGUCGAAGAGAAAGUUGUAACAGAAACGAAAAAGAUUGAUGAAAAGAUGGAAAAAACUGCAGCAGAUGUUGCGCAAACUGUAAAGGAUAGUGAAGAUGCAGCAGUUAAAGAAGUGAAAAAGGAAAUAAAGAAAAUAAAAGAAAAAUUGGCAGCAGAUAUCGACACUGCGAAAGAUAAAGUGACGAAAGAAGCAAAGAAAACUAAAGAGAAAACUAGUGGUUUUCUUUCCGGCAUAUUUAAAGGCGUCAAGCAUACCGCAGAAGACGCAGCUGAUGAUGCCAAACAAGUUUUGGAUGAAAAGGAAAGAGAAGCUUCAUUAGAAAAAGAACACGUUAAAAAAGAGACAGCGGCGGGUCUCAAAGAUUUAAAAGAUAAAAAAGAUGCUACCGUUGCUGAUGCUCAGCAGGCUAUUGAUAAAGCCGCAGCUGUGAUGAUUGAUGAAGCCGCAGAUGUGAAAGAUGCAAAGGAUAAAGCAAUUUCUGCUGUUAAAGAUAAAAAGGAUAAAAUUGUGGAUGAAGUUUCGAAAGAUGCUCAGAAAGUUAGUGACAUCACAAAAACAACAGGCGAGAAAAUAGCAGCGGAAACGAAAAAGAUUGGUGAGAAAAUAGAAGAAGCUGUGACCGAUGUUACACAGGAAGUUAAGGAAACGAAAGAUACAGCAGUUAAAGAACUGAAAGAAGAUACGAAAAAAGUCAAAGAACAAUUGGUAGCAAGUGCUGAUGUUACUGCGGAAACUGUGGAUAGCGCAAAGGAUAAAACAACGAAAGAAGCGAAGAAAGCUAAAGAAAAAACAAGUGGCUUCUUUUCCGGCAUUUUUAAAGGUGCGAAACAUGCUGUAGAAGAUGCAGCUGAUGACGUUAAAGAAUUCAUGGAUGAGACAAAGAAAGAAGCUGCAUUAGAGGAAGAACGUGCCAAAGAAAAGAUUGCCGCAGGAUUAAAGGAUCUAAAAGAUAAGAAGGACACUGUCACAACUGAAAUUCAAGAAGCUACUGAUCAAGUUAUUACUGAUGUAAAGGAUAAAACAGCUUCUGCAGUAGCAACAGAAACAAAGAAAAUUGCUGAGAAGAUAGAUGAAACGGCUGCGGACAUUGUUGACAGCAUUAAGGAUACUAAGGAUGCAACGAUAAAGGAAGUGAAAGAAGAUGCACAAAAGAUAAAGGAAAAAUUAACUGCAGGUACUGAUGAUGUCGCUGAGACUGUGGAUAGUGCAAAGGAGAAAGCGGCUAAAGAAGCGAAGAAAGCCAAGGAAAAGACGGGUGGCUUCUUUUCCGGCAUAUUUAAAGGAGGGAAACAUGCUGUAACAGAUGUGACUGAUGUUAACGAAUUUCUCGAUGAAAUAAAAAGAGAAGCUUUGUUAGAGAAAGAACAUGCUAAGGAAGAAGCUACCGCAACUCUUAAAGAUCUAAAAGAUAAGCAGGAUGCUGGUGUUACUGCAGACCAAAAGAUUGUAGAUAAAACUGCAGCUGAUGCAAAGUUAGCGAAGGAUAAAACAGUAUUUGCAUUAAAAGACAAAAAAGAUCAGCUUAUAGAUGAAGUUUCUGAAGAUGCGCAAAAAGUUGUUGACGCCACAAAAACAGCUGGUGAUAAAACAGCAACAGAAACAAAAAUUAUUGCUGAGAAAGUAGGAGAAACCGCAACAAAUGUUGCGCAGAGUGUAAAGGAUGCUAAGGACACAGCAGUUAAAGAAGUAAAGGAAGACACAAAAAAAGCAAAAGAAAAGUUGGUAGCAAGUACUGAAGCUGCUACAGAAGCCAUAGAUAGUACAAAAGAUAAAGUAGCAAAAGAGGCAAAGAAAGCCAAGGAAAAGACAACUGGUUUCUUCUCCGGCAUCUUUAAAGGUGCGAAACACGCCGUAGAAGAUGCAGCAGAUGAUGUUAAAGAAUUCAUGGAUGAGACGAAGAAAGAAGCUACAAUGGAAGAAGAACGUAUUAAAGAAAAGGCUGCUACAACUUUGAAAGAUGUAAAAGAUAAAAAAGAUUUGAUAGUUAGUGAAGUCAAAGAAACUACAGAUAAAGCUAUCGAUAAAAUCAAAGAUGCAACGGAUAAAACAGUUUCUGCUGUAAAGGAUAAAAAGGAUAAAAUUGUUGAGGAAGUUUCAAAGGAUACUCAGAAAAUAGCAGAUACUACAAAAGCAACUCAUGAUAAAGUAACAUCGGAAACAAAAUUAAUUGGCGAAAAGAUAGGAGAAACUGCAACGGAAAUUGCGCAAGCUGCCAAAGAUACCAAAGAUGUGACAGUUAAAGAAGUGAAGGAAGACACGAAAAAAAUAAAAGAAAAAUUGGCAACAGGCGCAGUUGCUGCUGCAGAAGCUGUGGAUAGUACAAAGGAGAAGACAACGAAAGAAGCGAAAAAAGCUAAAGAAAAAACAAGUGGUUUCUUCUCUGGAAUCUUUAAAGGUGCGAAACAUACUACUGAAGAUGUCUCUGAUGAUGUCAAGGAAUUUUUGGAUGAGACAAGAAGAGAAGCUUCUUUAGAAAAAGAACGUGCUAAGGAAGAAAUUGCCUCAGGUCUCAAAGAUUUAAAAGAUACAAAAGACGCAGUUGUAACCGAUGUUCAACAAGCUGCAGACAAAACCAUUACUGAUGUAAAAGAUGCAAAAGAUAAAACCAUUUCUGCUGUGAAAGAUAAAAAAGAUAAAGUUGUCGAUAAAGUUUCAAAAGAUACUGAGAAAAUCGCUGAUUCGGCGAAAGAAAUUGGUGAGAAAGUAGCAGCUGAAACAAAGAAGGUCGGUGAAAAGAUAGAAGAAACUGCGACAGAUGUUGUACAAGAUGUUAAGGACAUUAAGGAUGCAGCGAUUAAAGAAGCAAAAGAAGAUACAAAAACGGUGAAAGAAAAAUUGGCAGCAAGUGCUGAAGCUGCUGCGGAAGUUGCAGACAGUACAAAAGAUAAAGCAAUGAAAGAAGCAAAGAAAGCCAAGGAAAAGACAAGUGGUUUCUUCUCCGGUAUCUUUAAAGGCGCGAAACAUGCCGUAGAAGAUGCGGCAGAUGAUGUUAAAGAAUUCAUGGAUGAAACGAAGAAAGAAGCUGCGUUGGAAGAAGAACGUGUCAAAGAAAAAGCCAUUGCGGGUUUGAAAGAUGUAAAAGAUAAAAAGGAUACUGUCGUUAGCGAAGUUAAAGAAGCAGCAGAUAAAGCCGUUGAUAAAGUGAAAGACACAAAGGAUAAAACAGUUUCUGAAGUAAAAGACAAGAAAGAUAAAAUUAUUGAGGAAGUUUCCAAAGAUGCCCAGAAAGUUGCUGAUACCACAAAAGCAGCUGCUGAUAAAGUAACAUUAGAAACAAAAGCGAUCGGUGAGAAGAUAGGGGAAACUGCAGCAGAUGUUACUCAAGCCGUCAAGGAUACUAAAGAUGCAACAGUUAAAGAAGUGAAAAAGGAUACCAAAAAAGUAAAAGAAAAAUUAACAGCUGAUAUUGAUGCUGCUGCAGAAACCGCAGAAGGCGUGAAAGAUAAAGCAAAAAAAGCUAAAGAAAAAACUAGUGGUUUUCUUUCUGGCAUAUUCAAAGGCGUAAAACAUAUCGGAGGAGAUGCCACCGAUGAUGUCAAAGAAUUUUUAGAUGAAACAAAAAGAGAAGCUUCAUUGGAAAAGGAACGUGUUAAAGAAGAAGUUGCCGCGGAUUUUAAAGAUAUGAAGGAUAAGAAAGAUGCUGUUGUUGGAGAUAUUCAAAAAACGAUAGAUAGUGCUACCAUCGACAUAAAAGAUGUAAAGGAUAAAACAGUUUCUGCAGUAAAAGACAAAAAGGAUAAAAUUGUUGAGGAAAUUUCCAAGGAUGCCCAGAAAGUUGCCGAUAUCGCGAAAACGGCUGGUGAAAAAGUAGCAGCAGAAACAAAAGAGAUCGGGAAAAAGAUAGAAGACACCGCAACAGAUGUUGCAAAAGGAGUAAAGGAUACUAAAGAUGCAGCGAUUAAAGAAAUAAAAGAAGAUACAAAAAAGGUCAAGGAACAAUUAGUAGCAGAUGCUGAUGCUGCUGCGGAAACUGUGGAUAGUGCAAAGGAUAAAGCGACAAAAGAAGUGAAGAAAGCUAAAGAAAAAACAAGUGGCUUCUUUUCCGGCAUAUUUAAAGGAACGAAACAUACUGUAGAAGAAGCAGCCGAUGACGUAAAGGAAUUUUUAGAUGAGACUAAAAAGGAAGCUGCUUUAGAAGAAGAUCGUGCUAAAGAGAAGAUUGCUGCAGAACUUGAGGAUGUGAAAAGUAAAAAGGAUGCUGUCACAGCCGAAAUUCGAGAAAUUGCAGAAAAAACUGUCGCUGAUGUGAAAGGUGCAAAAGAUGAUACAAUUUCUGGCAUGAGAGAUAAAAAGGAUAAAAUUAUUGAUGAAGUUUCGAAGGAUACUCAGAAAAUUGUUGACACCAUUAAAUCCGCAGAUGAGAAGAUAACAGCAGAAACAGAGAAGAUUGGUGAAAAAAUAGUAACGACUGCAGCAGAUGUUACACAAGACAUUAAGGACUCUAAAGCUUCAGCGGUUAAAGAAAUGAAAGAUGAUGCAGCAUUAAUAAAAGAAAAGGUGAAAGUUGGCAUCGAUACUGUAACCGAUAGUACCGAGACUGCUAAAGAUAAAACAAUCAAAGGCAUGAAGAAAGCUAAAGAAAAAUCCGGUUUUCUAUCAGGAAUAUUUAAAGGUGCUAAGCAUUCCGUUGAGAGCGCUGCGAACGAUGUUGAAGAAUUUUUAGACGAAACGAAGCAUGAAGCGGAAUUAGAAGAAGCUCGUGUUAAAGAAGCAACAGCAACUGGAUUAAAAGAAUUGGAACAUAAAAAAGAUGCUAUUGUCACUGAAGUAAAAGAUACUGCUGAUCGAGCUAUUGCUGGAGUAAAAGAUGCCAAGGACAAGACUGUUGCUGCAGCAAAAGAAACGAAAGAUCAAAUUACUGAAAAAGUUUCCGAAGAUAUUAGCAAAGCUGCUGAUGCGACCAAGACUGUUAAAGAUAAAAUAACGUCAGAAAUGAAGGAAACUGGUCAAAAAGUGGAUUCAAAAGCACGGGAUGUUACACAGAGAGUUGUGGAUACUAAAGAUGCAGUUAUUAAGGAAGUACAAGAUGAUGCAGAAAAAGUAAAGAAAUUAGCGGCGGGAGCCGAAGCGAUGGCCGAUAGUGCUGAAGCAACAAAAGACAAGGCAACUAAAGAAGCGAAAAAAGCUAAGGAAAAGGGAUCCAGUUUUUUCUCGGGAAUAUUUAAGGGUGCCAAGCAUUCUUUCGAAAGCGCAGCGGAUGAUGUUAAAGAAUUUAUAGAUGAAACAAGGCAUGAGGCAGAAUUGGAAGAAGCUCAUGCUAAAGAAGCAGCGGCAACUGGUUUGAAAGAACUGGAACGUAAAAAGGAUGCUGUUGUUACUAGUGUAAAAGACACAGCGGAUCAAGCUGCUGCUGAAGCAAAAGAUGUCAUAGAUAAAACUGCCACUGCAGCGAAGGAUACGGUUACUAAAAAAGUUUCUGAAGAUGUUCAAAAAGCCGCUGAUGCAGGUACAGCUGCUAAAGAUAAGGUAACGUCGGAAUUAAAGAAAAUUGAUGAAAAAUUGGAGUCAACUGCGCAGGCAAUUUCAGAUGCGAAAGAUGCGGCUAUUAAGGAAAUUAAAGAUGAUGCGAAAAUGACGAAAGAAAAAUUGACAGCGGGAGUCGAAAUUAUGGCUGAUGGUGCUCAAAUAGCUAAGGACAAAACAACUAAAGAAGCGAAAAAGGUUAAAGAAAAGGGAUCCGGUUUUCUUUCGGGAAUAGUUAAAGAUGCAAAACAUGCUGUCGGGAGCGCAAGGGAUGAUGUUAAGGAAUUUUUAGAUGAAACGAAGCAUGAGGCGGAAUUAGAAGAAGCUCGUGCUAAAGAAAUUGCAGCUGCUGGUUUGAAAAAAUUAGAACAAAAGAAAGAUGCAGUUGUCGUUAGUGCAAAAGAUGUUAAGGAAGAAUUGGUAUCUGAUGUUAAGGAUGCCAAAGAUAAAAUUUCUGAUACAACGACUCAAGUGGCAGAGACGGCAAAGAUUGCAGCUGACAAACUGAUGACUGAAACGAAGAAAGUCGGUGAGAAAGUAGAAUCCAAAGCCACGGAUAUUGCACAUGAUAUAAAAGAUGCUAAAGAAAGUCUCAGUGAAGAAAUAAAAACAGAUACGAAGAUGAUGAAGAAUAAAUUGGUAACAAGUGCCGAUGCUGUUGUUGAUAGCGCCAAAACGGCUAAAGACGAUCUUGCAAAAGAUGCCAAAAAGGUGAAAGAUAAGGGUUCGGAUUUCCUAUCUGGUGCUGUUCACAGUAUGAAACAGACAGGAAAAGAGAUUUCGGAUGAUGUUAAAGACUUUCUAGAAACAACCAGGCAGGAAGCAGCUGCUGAGGAAGCACUUGUUAGAGAAGCCGCGGCAACGAAAGUAAAGGAACUUGCAGAAACGAAGGAUAAAGCCGCCGGUGAAAUUAAAACUGCUACGGAUAAAGUUAUAAAGGAUGCAAAAGACACCAAGGAAAAAAGCAUUUCCAGCAUAAAAAGUGCGAAGGAUAAAACGAUUUCCACUGUGAAAGGGACGGGAAGUAAGAUUGGACAAAGUUUGUCGCAAACCGGCGAGAAAGUCAAGGCCACUGGUCAGAGUGUGGCGCAAAAAGUUAAAAGUACCAAAGACACCGUUGUGAGUGAGACAAAGGAAGAUGUGCAAGUGGUCAAAGGAAAAGUGACAUCUGGUGCGGGUACAGUUACGCGCAUUGCAGAAACCGCUAAGGAUAAGACUGCAAAAGAAGCUAAAAAAGCUACGCAAAAAGCAGGUGGUUUUCUAUCAGGUGUAGUAAAAAGCGCGAAACACGCGGUAGAAGAGGCGACAGAUGACAUGAAGGAAUUCCUAGAAGAAACCAAGCAAGAGGCAACUGCGGAAGAAGCUCGCGCUAAGAGCGAUCUGGCUCAAACGAGGAGUAAAUCUGCCAAAUCGGCAGCCGAUGCCAAGAGUAAAUCUAUCGAUGCUGCUAAAACCGCGAGAAAGAGCGUCACUCCGCCGAAAGUAUCUAAAUCAGCGGACGUGAAAAAUGGUAGCAAAGCUUCCACUAAGAGAACGAGUAAAAUAGCGGAAACGAAAAAAGUCACUGAUAGAGUAGAAUCGAAACGCACAGACGAGAGUGUUCAAGAAACGAUUCCCCAUAGAUCCGAAGUAUCUGAUAGGCCAGAGACGUCCGGUGACGUCGAGCAUUUAACUGAGACAAUUAGCGUUAAGAGAGUAUCUCGCAUUCCACAAAAAGUUAGUCCGGGUAAGGAGGCGGCCGCGGAUGAUUCGGACAGUACACAUAGAUUAGUAGAGACAGUAACUACGGUAGGGCACCCCGAGCCUCGCACACGGCACUCCGUCACCACAGUCGUGACAAAGUCUGUGCGAACGACCCCACCGCCACCCAGUUCACUCGCCGAGUUCACUGACAGUAGAACCGAAGAUGUGACCAAAGAGGCUGCGCGGCGGGCUCAGAACCUGGCGGAUCAGGCGUACACCUCGACGAAAGCAGGGCAUGAUUCGGCUGAGAUUGAUGGGACUGUAGAGAGGCAUGCUACUUCUGCUCCAUCAAAGCAACCUGUUCCCGCCCCGCGUCACUCCACCACCAAGCCGACCACCAAACCUGACCUCCACCUGGAGCUCGGUGAUGCCUCACGAACACAUAAAACGUUCGAGCAGCCGCCCAAAUUGACGCAGGAGGCACAGUCGCCGAGCAAGAGUAGGAUACCUGUUAAAAUCGACUCUCAAGCGCCUAAAUUAAGCGGCGAACUUGAAUCCGUCCAAUUAGAGUCCUCGGAAGACCGUAUCACCGGUCCACAAGUAGUUUCACGAGUCGUCAAAUGCGUUACUAAAGAAUACACGGAUGGCGAGUUGACUAAAGAGACGGUGGAAGAAAAGAGAAAAGUAUCGCCGCCUGAUACCAAAUCGGACGAUCUAAUCGAGACAAUAAGCGGUCUAACGGAGACGACUCCCUUGGUGGAGCAAAUACGACGGACGACGACUACGGUGGUGAUCAGCGAUCCGUCGAUUGAUCCUGAGAAGCUGGAGGAGCUGUUGAAGACCGGUGGUACCGUUGAGACGGUGAGAACCGUGACUCUGACUUCGGAGGACGAUAGCUUGCAAUCCUUAACACGCGAGGAGGUUGUCGAGAGGAUAAAUCAAGUCGCUGGCACGCUACCGAGCGAAAUCUUUGACUUUGACGAUAGGUUUGCAGACUCCUCCACUACUACGAUAAGGACAGAUAGAUCAGAGUCCGACGGUACCGUCCAAACAGUUACGACUGUGCAACGCGUGACGACGGAAACGCCGGAGAUCGAGAGAACCGAGAGGGUGACGAGAACGAUGAUCUCCAGCAGCGGUGUUGGCGGCUACGAAGACGCGGAGUCCGCUCUGAGGAGUCUCCAGGAGCAAUUAACGAGAUCCGAAGUCGGAGAGACCGCCUCCUGGACAGCGGCAAACGAACAAUGGGAACCGCAGUACUCGCAAGAUACAUCACCCGGCUCCGGGAACGGCGGCAGCGUUGACGCGUUUACUACCACUACCAACAACAACAACAACAAUAACAACAACAACAAGAGUGGUUCGAGGCACGAUGUGCACAGCGACACCGAUAGUGACGGUUCGCCGCAACCUAGAAGAAGAUCUCCGAGCAAGAGGCGUACAUUGGGCAGUUCCAGCGGGUCGGAUGUAGCACUGCACGAAGGUGCGGAGCUGUCCCGUUCGGAGGACGACCAAGCAGAAACACACGAUAUGGUACAGUCGGUUUGUUCGGACAAUACGAUAGAACCGAAGACUAGGAUGAAGACACCCGGUAGAACCAGCUACUGUGCGCGUUGGAUGAGCAUAGCUGUCGCUGUGCUGGUGCUUCUAGUAGCGCUUAUACUUGCCCUGGAGCCACAAAUGUUUCGGCGUGUCAUCUACACAUUGUCUAACAAUGCCCCGAGGCAAGCCGGGUACGACCACCCUUCACAUUAUUUAUUUCUACUAAAGAAUAUACCAUGUUAUUGAAACUUUUUUUAAAGGUCAGGCCAAGACGCUUUUGCGGCCUCAGGAUAGAGACCUGAGCUGCCGAUCAGUAAUUAUUACUUGAUUUUACAUCUCGUUUUCAAAAGUGAAGUCAAAUUUUUCUCACUCAACGCGUAUCGGUUGAACUGAAACUUUUGAACCAUAAAGCAGUAGCUGUUUUACGAGUUCGUUUCUGCGAGCACUUUGAUGAGCAAAGAUUUUAAAAAUCUUGCGUUUUAAACUUGGCUUUUGAAAGCGAGAAACUGAAAUAUGUAUAAUCGAUCGACAGAUAUCUUCGAUUCGAGUGAAUGAUGCGCUUAGGGCUAGGUACGAAUGUUACAUUUACGAAAUAUACAAUGUCCCAGCGAUAAUGCACGAAGCAUUAUCGAUAAACACAUUCGAAUGUGAUAUUUACAUGUAAUAGAGAAAUCUAUUCCGCGCGUUUUUAAACUGUUCGAAGCUAAUAUUUGCGUAACAAUUUAUGAAGAAAGGUUUACUUCGAUCGAACAUCACGACGCAGUGAUCUCGACGAAUUCUGGUGAACAGCGAGGAAGACUGAGAAAACGCCCGACAAAUGGUAUUUGUAAAACUAAACUGCCUUCUGUCACGUGUAAGGUUAUUCUCCUGCGCGAUGCCAGAUGUCCAUAUUUGAUAUAAAUCGCGACGAGGACAGGCAAUCUCCCACGAUCGAGGAACUUGUUCCGCAAGCUUUCUUUUUUCUAGAGUAUAGCCUGCAUGAGUAUUGACAUUGACACCCCGUGCAUGAUUGCAUUUUUGCAUCGUACAAACCUUAGUUUACGCUCGUAGUAGCUGUUUUACUUUUGUGCAAUACCUCAGUGUCGAAGCACGAUGAUCUUCUUGUUCCGCCGAUCUCAAUAGACAAAAUGUGUUUUAUACCUUGUUGCACGUUACCUUUGCCGUACCGAACUCCUACUCUCCUUCUUCUUUAUCUCUUACUUUUCGUUCUCCGUUUUUAUCUUCUUUCUUUCUUUCUUCCUCCCCUUUCUUUUUCUUCUUUGUCUUAAUUUUGAGCAUCCUAUAGAUCACUUUUACCCUUUUAGCUCUCUUCUGACAAUGACAAGCCACUCAAGAUAAAGCUAAAGUGUAGAGGGACCAACAGUCGUGUUUUUUUAGUCACGUUAGGAUUGUUAGGCGAAUCGUCAUGUAAGUAAUCUCUAAGUGUAAAUGUUUAUGUAUCGUGUCUAUACACGUGUGCUUGGACCUAUUUCGAUAUGCGGACGAGUACACGAUCACUUCUCGAAUGGCACGAGACCAACUCUCUUUUCGUCGCGACGUGAGAGCGAGUUGCGUCGCACCGGUCGACGUGUGCUGCGACUUCUUACCAAGUCCAUCACCCGGAAUCUCCUCUUCCGAUCCCGCAGAACUGCAACGUACGUCGAAGGACGCUGCGAAAGAGAGAGACUUAAGUAAGCCGGUGUAACUCCGGCGAAUUUGGAUUUCAGCACCAUUCAACGCAUCAAAAGGCGGACUCCCCGGAAUUAUAUCCGAUCUCGAUCCCCAUUUGGGUUUGGAGAACCAAGGCGGAGGGAUACUCUUGCUUCUUUCUUACAUCCUUCGAGCUUAUAAUCGCUCUUCUUGUCAGCAAUCCGCUGGUCCAAAUCCAUUGUAACGAUUCAAGAUUCUGUUGAUUAGCGCAUUGAUUUGAUAUCUUUGAAUACUCGAGUUCUCUAUUGCAAUCUAUACGACACUUCCCAAUGACGUGCCAAACGUGAAGAUCGGCUCAAGUGAAAUGAUUAAUCGUCAUCCUGAAGAAACUUCAGAUCUCCAUGAGGAUGCAUUAACAUCCUUCCCGCAUUGGGAAUUAAUAUUGUCAAAUAUCCGCAGUAAAUACUCCAGCAAUACCUGACCGUUCGUCUAACAAUACUAACUGAAGUAGUUAGUACGGGCUCAUGAAAUGGCUGCCAAAUCUCACGGAGCGUUUUGUGCAAAACUACUACUCAAAACCAAAGGGCGGUAGACUCAUGAAAGUCAUGAUAUUCGAUAGCUUCUCUUUCUCGAAUAUUCGUGUUAUCCAAGAAAAACACCCAUUUCGUCGUGCGCACAACGGCAU